AGGCCGAGAGGUCCUCGCCGAUCCCUCGGACGCCAGCCUCGCCUCGCCUCCUCGGCUCAACUGUCAGAGAAAUUCACAGCAUCGUCACUCCGCAUCGAACCUAAAAAUAAGGUUUCGCGGGCUUCCGACGUCUUUCCGCUCUCUCUCCACAUCCCCCGAUCUACGCAGUAGCUUUGCCUUUCUCAGUGAAGUUUGACGCUCGCCCCUUCCCUUCCAAUCAAUAUUUCCUUCACGUUUCGCAUUGCGCCUUCUCCUACAGGUACAUUGCACUUGCUCUCCAUCCAGUGGCGCUCUCUUGGUGAUGCACAGGGCCGUGGCUUAGGUAAGGUUAAGUCAAGGGUUGCGCUAACGACGUCAUUCCUUUCCACUGACCGCUGCGGUCAGCAUGGGGCAAGAACAGCCUCACAACGACGACAAGGACGUCCCCCCGGUGACGCUUCCUUCUCCUCAAGCACCGCCAUUGACAGGCAAUCCACUCCAUGCCGAUAAUUGGGCGGAUUACAUCCCCACGACCGACCAUGUCAAGUUCUUCAGGUCGCGCGAGUGGGGGAAGACGUGCAUGGGGGAGUUGAAGACGUGGGGCGUCGCGUUGAGACUUCAGGUGUUUAUGGUGCUGGCUGAUUCGAGAGCUGCUUGUUUGUAUUGGGGUCCCGAGAAGGCCGCGAUAUAUAACACCGCAUUCGUUCCAUUGGCAAGAAACGCUCACCCCAGUCUCAUGGGCAGCCCUUUUUACGUUGGCUUUCCGGAACUCUGGGACCAGAUUCGUCCGGUAUUCGAUGCAGCAGCUAGAGAUGGAGUCAGUCACGAUGUCAGGGAAAUGCCCAUGAUCGUGGAGCGCUUGGGAUUUGCGGAGGAGACAUAUUUCACCGGCAAUUUCACGCCGGUUAGAGGAGAGACAGGGAACGUGGAGGGUUUUUAUAACGCGGUCCAUGAGAUCACACGCCUGAAGAUUGGGGAGAGGCGACGCGAGAUGCUGGCAGCAAUGGAGAUUCCUGCUUUAACGGAUCCGAGAAGGUUGAGAGACCAUGUGAUCCCAGCACUCUCCAAGAACGCGGCCGAUGUUCCCUUGGCGCUAUUAUACAAAGCGGAUGACAAGACGACCCCAGGUGUUACAUGGUGCCUACUUCGUGGUCGAGUUGGCGUUCCGGAUGGCCACCAUCUUGCCGAACUGUCCCCAGACCUCAAAAGCGACGUUGGUCUAAUGCCUCUCCUUCGGAAGGCGGGCCGGAAGAGCAUCACUGUGCCAGUUGACCAUGCAUUUGAUGGCGUCGAAUGGCAGGGAUCUGGUAAUGCGUGCAAGUUCGUGAGCAUACUCCCAAUCGUUGCCACAGGGAAAUUACACGGUUACCUUGUCGUUGGCGCCAAUCCAAUGAGACCUGUCGAUGAGGACUACUACGAAUACAUCGGCGAGCUGUCAUCAAAAGUCACUUCACUCGCAGCCGCUAUCCUGACCGCCGACGAUAUCAGAGAGCGGGAACAAUCCCUUCAGAAGCAGCUUGAAGAUACGAAUAGGCGAGAGCAGUUGUUGGCAAAGCAUUCAAUCGAUGGUUGUUCGUAUCUCUUGGACGAUGGACGUAUUGUUUGGGCAAACGAUCAAUACUAUGAGAUCACUAAGCAUCCUCGCCAAAAAGAAUCGCACUACCCGCUCUCCUUCCUCGACACGGUCAUUGAAGAAGACCGACCGAAGGCUGCCGAAGCAUGGAAUCACGUUGUUCAAGAUCAAGUAGAGGGAGGGCUCUCAGUGGAGCUCCGGCUGAAACGAGAUUUCACACCCCCAUCAGGAGACCCCGAACCUGCAAUUGUACGCUGUCACCAUGUCUGGUAUGAGGACCACUCACUUGCCCAUGCCAAGGGCGUCAUGACUUUUAUUGCUGAUGUUUCUGCCUUCAAAUGGGCCGAAGCUUCUGAGGCUCGCAGAGCAGAUGAGAAUUAUGAAGCCAAACGCCAGCAAGAAGAGUUCAUCGACUUCAUUUCACAUGAAUUACGAAACCCGCUUUCAGCCAUUUUCCAAUUGGCAGAAACGAUUACCACGUCCUACCCAACCGCCGAAGGAAUGGAAGUAUCAAACGCAGAACUCAGCCAGGCACUCAAGCAGAAUAUCGAUCAUGCUGAUACGAUUCUCAUGUGCGCGAAGCACCAAAAGCGGAUUGUUGACGAUGUUUUGACAUUGUCAAAACUGGAGUACACCAUGCUUGCGGUCUCUCCUGUCCCUGUGCAGCUUCCAAAUCUUGUCCAAAAGUGGAUGAAGAUGUGGGAGUCUCAGCUCUCUUCCUCUGAUAUCAAGAUCAAUGUCCAUGCUCACCCAUUCAUGAAAGCUCACGGCAUCGACUGGGUCCUCUGCGACGAGUUACGAAUGCAGCAAAUCUUCAUCAAUCUGUUCACGAACGCUAUGAAGUUCACGUCGACCGAGACGAAGAGAGAGAUCAACGUUGAAUAUGGUGCGGUUCUGAAGGAUCCGGAAUCGUCAUUCCCGAAGGAAAUUAAAUGGGCUCGCAAUCAGAAAGAAUUAACGGAUUUGACACUGGAUCCGGACUGGGGUUUGGGUCAGCAGUUGUAUUUGACAUUCGCGAUCACCGAUACGGGCAUUGGUAUGACGGAUACAGAGAUCAAGAGACUGUUUGGGCGGUUUGAGCAGGCGAGUGCGAAGACUUCUAUCCAGUAUGGUGGAUCGGUGCGUGUCCUCUUUUCACGCGGUUGACCCUUUCCCCCGUCAUUGAUGCUAACACCUCUCUCCUUCAGGGCCUGGGUCUCUUCCUCUCGCAACGCCUCGCCGAGCGUCAAGCAGGAGCUAUUGGUGUCGCAUCUGAAUAUGGAAAAGGCAGCACCUUCG